AUGGGCUAUGAGACAGAAGAUCAUGAGACUCAAUACUGCUUUCCUGCCAUUAACUCAUCAUGCAUCAAGACGAAACGCUCCGCACAUGAACACAAUAUCAUGUAUGUGUUUUUUUCAGUGCUGUCAGUAUGGACUGUUUUUCUGAAUCUGCUGGUGAUCAUCUCCAUCUCUCACUUCAAGAAGCUUCACACUCCAACCAACAUGCUCAUUCUCUCUCUGGCUGUAUCCGACCUACUCGUAGGACUUACUGUCAUGCCCUUGGAGGCAACUAAGUUGAUUGAAACAUGUUGGUACUUUGGAGACACUAUCUGUAAACUGUUUUUAAUUAUCAUGGGGCUGCUCCUAGGUACAUCUCUGAGUAAUUUAGUUUUAAUAGCUGUUGACCGUUAUGUGGCUGUGUGUCACCCUUUACUGUACCCACAGAAAAUAACAAUGACUAGAACAAUAACUAUUAUAUGUCUUUGCUGGUUUUUCUCUUCAGCUUAUAGCAUUGCAAUGAUAGUUAUCUCACCUAGAAAAUACACAUGUUAUGGGGAAUGUAUAACUAUGCUUACUUUUUUCUGGUCAAUUGCUGAUUUGUUUGUGUCUUUCCUUCUUCCUUGUACCAUCAUUAUAAGUUUAUAUUUGAGAAUCUUUUAUGUUGCACAUCAGCAAGUGAAAGUUAUAAACUCUCUGAUGAGGAGUGAAAAACAUCUAACAGAAGGUUCAGUGAGGAGAAAAUCUGAGAGCAAAGCCGCUCUGACAUUAGGAAUCAUUGUGACGGUUUAUCUGUUUUGCUGGAUUCCCUUUUUUAUUUUAUCUUUAACACCAAACACAAGAUUGACUUCUGCUAUAGCCUAUUUUAUGUUAUGGAUGUUGUAUAUUAAUUCGGGUCUGAAUCCUCUCAUCUAUGCUAUAUUUUACCCCUGGUUUAGAACGUCAGUUAAACACAUCCUAAAUCUAUCCAAAACAUUUGAACCAGCAUAA